CUGCCCUCUCUCUCUAAUAAGUCUCUUUCUUUUCUCUCUCUCUCUCUGUCUAGUUCAUAAAGACUGAAUUAGGAUUCCUUUCUCAGCUGUUACUUCAUUUUCUAAACCUCACCAUCACUUCUCAUGAAUCUCUUCUUCACACAGAUUUCACUACCUUAAAACUCUACUACUGCUGCUCUUGCUAUAAAGAACAUCAUCUGUCAGAAGCCACUUUGUAAAGUUUUGUCUACUUUUCACUUCUGAAAUGGGGAGACACUCUUGUUGUUUCAAGCAGAAGCUCAGGAAAGGGUUGUGGUCUCCUGAAGAAGAUGAAAAGCUUCUUAAGCAUAUCACAAAGUAUGGUCAUGGGUGUUGGAGUUCUGUCCCUAAGCAAGCAGGUCUACAAAGGUGUGGAAAAAGCUGUAGACUUAGGUGGAUAAACUACUUGAGGCCUGAUUUAAAGAGAGGCACAUUUUCACAACAGGAAGAAAAUCUCAUAAUUGAACUUCAUUCUGUUCUGGGCAACAGGUGGUCUCAGAUUGCAGCACAAUUACCUGGCAGAACUGAUAAUGAAAUCAAGAAUUUAUGGAAUUCUUGUAUUAAGAAGAAGCUGAGGCAGAGAGGAAUUGACCCAAACACUCAUAAACCACUCUCCGAGGUUGAGACCGGAGAAGCCAACACGUCUGUUAGUAACAGUCGCAAUAACAACACUCUUAGUGAGGAAGCCUUCGGGGGUGGACCAAAUGAAUUGAACCUUCUCAGACCAGAGAUUUCAAAACCAGAUGUGGUGUUGACACAAGCACAUACCUUAUCUGUUGAAGACCAGUUCUCAUUUCAAGCUUCUUUGAGCUUUAAGGCUAAUACCAAUAGUACCGGCAACAAUUUGAUAACGUGCAGUGGCCCAACUAAGGAAUUCUUCAUGGAGAGGUUCACAAACUCCCAUGACAACUCGAAAACCCCCACAACUUCUGCACCUUCUGAUUCUAUAGGGUACUUCCCCCUUCAGCAGUUGAAUGAUGGGUUAUCUGAUGCCAGGGACUCGGUCAAUCAAGACUCGACAUCCUGGUUCAACCAGAACACCAGGAAUUUCGAGAUGAAUUCAGAAUUUGAUUCCAAUUCGAUGCAGCCGCCCGCAUCCAGUUCUAUCCUCCCAAGUUUGAUAGAUAUGAGGCAUGCCAUUAGUCUUCCCUCCUUGCGUAAUCCUUUGGCAGGGGGAACCAAUGCAUUCCAUAGCUGGAAAGCAGGGAAUCACAAACAUAAUAGCAGCAAUGGUGAUGUCACUACUAACAGCAAUAUGGAAUUACAAAGCAAUUGCUCCUUUGUUGAGAACGGAACCUUCUCUUGGGGAUUGGAGGAUGGGAAAGAAAACCAGAACACUUCAGUCGAAGGCGAAACAGAUGAUUCAAAAUGGUCUGAUUAUCUUCUAUAUACUCCACUCCUAACAUCAGGUACAGUGCAGAAUCCGGCACCUCAAUCCCUAUUCAGUGACAUUAAAUCAGAAAGCCAGUUCACAAUUGAGGGUUCAUGCACAUCUUGGCAUCAGAACCACCACUUGCAGCAGCAGCAGCAACAACAACAACAACAACUACAAGCUCAGGAUCUGUAUACUAAGGAUUUUCAGAAACUUGCAACUGCUUUUGGACAAUUUUAGCUUGCACAACUCUACAUGAUUUUCUAAUUAUUCGGAGGAGAAGAUUUUACAGAUUUUACCAUGUUCUAGAUACAGGUGUGUGCAAUAGCUUUUCUUUCUUGUAAAUAGUGCUUCAAUACGAAAAUGUUCACAGCUUUUAAUCACCGAGUAUAUAAUUCUAAGAGAAAGAAGAUCAAGCCUGCCUUCUGUUCCUUGGAUGAGAUAGAAAUUGCUCAAUAAGACUUGUCUCUCAUAGGCUGAAAUUAUGUGUGUUAACAAUCUCAUUUUUGUUUCUGCAUUUACAGUAUCACUCAA